GUGACAUCAUGGGCAGGCGAGGCGCGGCCGCGGAGCUGCGCCGCUGCGGGCCGCGGCCAUGCCCAAGCGGGGCUGCCCCUUCGCGGACGCGGCCCCGCUGCAGCUCAAGGUGCGUGUGGGCCGGCGGGAGCUGAGUCGUGGCGUGUGCGCCGAGCGCCUCACGCGGGAGAUCUUCGAAAAGACCACGCAGCUCCUCUUCCGCGGGGCCCAGGCCUGCAUGGACCCCGCGUGGGAGGAAGGCUGCGCCAUCGUCGACACUCCGGAGUCCCCGAAGCCUGGCCCCACGGAAGCCCCUCGGGCCGCGCGCGGGCAGAUGCUGAUCGGGCCCGACGGCCGACUGACCAGGAGUCGAGCCCAGGCCUCCGAGGCUGACCCAGCCAUGGCGGCGGCGGGCGCCUGCUCGUCGUGCGUGCGGGCCGUGGACGGGAAGGCGGCAUGCGGCCAGUGCGAGCGGGCCCUGUGCGGGCGCUGCGUGCGCACCUGCUGCGGCUGUGGGGCAGUGGCCUGCGCCCUGUGUGCCCUCGUGGACUGCAGUGACCUCCACGAGAAAGUGCUGUGCGCCAGCUGCGCCAUGUUCGAGGCCUGAGGCCAGGAGAGGACAGCGGCCCUGCCUGGACGACCUCGCCGCCGUCCACGCAGAGGGACUGGGGGGAGGGGCGGGAGGGGACAGCCUUUCU